CCCCACCCUGGCAGGAUGGCUCUCGGCAGCGGCCCAUGCAGAAGAAGAAGACAGUGUCCUUCAGCACCAUGCCCAACGACCGGAAGAUCAACAGCACGGCCGCCUGCAUCUCCUUCAUGCUGGAGGGCUGCGAGCUGAAGAAGGUACGCUCCAACUCCCGCAUGUACAGCCGCUUCUUCGUGCUGGACUCGGACAUGCGCUCCGUGCGCUGGGAGCCUUCCAAGAAGGACUCGGAGAAGGCCAAGAUUGAGAUCAAGUCAGUCAAAGAGGUGCGCGUGGGCAAGAAGACCCCCAUCCUGCGCAGCAACGGCCUCUCUGACCAGUUCCCAGACGAAUGCGCUUUCUCCAUCAUCUAUGGAGACAACUACGAGUCCCUAGACCUGGUGGCCAGCUCAGCCGACGUGGUGAGUGCAUGGGUGAUGGGGCUCCGGUACCUGGUGUCCUAUGGCAAGCACACACCCGAGGCGCCUGGGACCGGCCACCCCAGCCUUCGGACCUCCUGGAUCUCCUCCGUCUUUGACCUCGCUGACCUGGAGAAGUCUGGCCGCAUCCCUGUGUCGCGGGCUGUGCAGCUCAUCAAAGCCCUGAACCCAGGCAUGAAGGCCUCUACCAUCGAGCUGAAGUUCAAGGAGCUGCAGAAAGCCAGCGACCGUGUGGGCAUGGACGUGGCCUGCGACCUCUUUGUGGAGGCCUACUGUGAGCUCUGCACCCGGCCCGAGAUCUUCUUCCUGCUGGUGCAGUUCUCCAGCAACAAGGAGUACCUGGGCCUGAAGGACCUGCUGAUGUUCCUGGAGGUGGAGCAGGGCAUGGAGGGGGUGACGGAGGAGAAGUGCUUGGAGAUCGUCGGCAAGUACGAGCCCUCCAAGGAGGGCCGGGAGAAGGGCUACCUGGCCAUCGACGGCUUCACGCGCUACCUGCUCUCCUCCGACUGCUCCAUCUUCGACCCGCAGCACCGCAAGGUGUGCCAGGACAUGGCACAGCCCCUCUCCCACUACUACAUCAGCUCUGCCCACAGCGCCUGCCUCCUGGAGGACAACUUCUGGGGCAGCUCGGACAUCAGCGGCUAUAUCAGCGCCCUGGGCCUGGGCUUCCUCACCAUGGGCAAGCGAGGGGAGCGCCCCGGUGCCGCCUGCCACGAUGCGUCGGGCUGCCCCUCGGGCACAGACGUCCCGCCAACGCCGGCCCUGAGCCGCUCUGACACCAGCCCUGCUGGCCCCGGGGAGUGCCAGGGACAGUUGGGGAAGGACCCGACCAAGGGCCAGGCCCAGGGGGCUGCAAAGAGCUUUUACUGAGAUGGUUGGGGGGGAAAGCUGGGAGUAGAGGGGGGAUCCCAGCAGGGCGACAGACCCUGGGGACUCAAACUGUGGAGCCUGAUGUAAAUAGUACUUUCAAAUACCUCCUUGUGGCCCUGGCCAAGCCUGCUCAGGGCACUGUGGGCGCCGCUGGCCUUUUACAAUAAAUGGUAGCCUGACGUUA